AUGGCUUUCAAGAGGUUUUUCUGGGUCUCCUCGCUCAUUUCGCUGGCCCUUGCUCAAGCGCAGAAUAACAAUCAAGGAGGUGCCGCAUUAGACCCAGAAGUCAUUCAACAAGGCUCUUUUGUCGAUGGCAAGAGCUCUUUGGGUGCCGAGGAUGUUCAGGCAGCCUCAGCAACCUCUCAAAACAACUUCAUCAACUUUUGCAAGGGGCAAACACUUACCAACGGUUUCCAAAUCACGACCGGUUCUUGUAACGGCAUUGAUCGAAUGAUCUCCACCGUCAUUACAAACCCAGCGAACGGUGCCACCAUUCCGUCUAAUCAAGACUUUGAGAUUGUUGUUCAAGUUACCAACCUCAAUGCCGGAGCCUUUACGAACGCUGCUGUCACCUACUAUUCCGCACCCCAGCAGUUGGAUAACGGCAAUAUAGUGGGACAUACUCAUGUAACCGUACAAGACACGGGUGCCGAUCUGAACCCUCAACAACCAAUGGACCCGCAACAGUUUGCCUUUUUCAAAGGUAUCAACGACGCCGGUAACGGCCAGGGCAGACUUAGCGCUGCGGUGACCGGUGGCCUUCCGGCCGGAAACUACCGUGUCUGCACCCUGACAGCCGCAGCCAACCACCAACCAGUCAUCAUGCCUGUCGCCCAGCGCGGAUCACAAGAUGACUGUGUCAGAUUCACCGUUACUGGUGACGGAAACACUCCGAACGAAGCCGCCAACAAUGGCGCAAAGGGUCAGGCAGCAGCAGCUCUGGUUGCUGAUGCUAUUGCCCUCGGCCCCGGCGCCCCUAAUCCGGGUGGCAAUAAUGCAGGAGGGAAUGGUCAAGGAAAUGGGCAAGGCAAUGGGCAAGGCAACGGGCAAGGCAACGGGCAAGGCAGCGGGCAAGGCAACGGGCAAGGCAACGGGCAAGGCAACGGGCAAGGCAACGGGCAAGGCAACGGGCAGGGUAAUGGGCAGGGUAAUGGGCAGGGUAAUGGGCAGGGUAAUGGGCAGGGUAAUGGGCAAGGUAACGGGCAAGGUAAUGGCCAAGGUAACGGGCAAGGUAACGGGCAGGGUAACGGGCAGGGACAGGAAGGCCCAGAACUUGAUCCUGCAGCGGCACCUACCCCUCCUGCGGCAGCUCGUCUUGCCCGUCUUGCUCGCCGUCGGAGAUUCAUCGCAUAA